AUGAACCACCUCCUCAUCAACGUGAGGAAGACCAAGGGGAUGAACCACCUCCUCAUCAACGUGAGGAAGACCAAGGGGAUGAACCACCUCCUCAUCAACGUGAGGAAGACCAAGGAGAUGAACCACCUCCUCAUCAACGUGAGGAAGACCAAGGAGAUGAACCACCUCCUCAUCAACGUGAGGAAGACCAAGGAGAUGAACCACCUCCUCAUCAACGUGAGGAAGACCAAGGAGAUGAACCACCUCCUCAUGAACGCGGGGAAGACCAAGGAGAUGAACCACCUCCUCAUCAACGCGAGGAAGACCAAGGAGAUGAACCACCUCCUCAUCAACGUGAUGAAGACCAAGGAGAUGAACCACCUCCUCAUCAACGUGAGGAAGACCAAGGAGAUGAACCACCUCCUCAUCAACGUGAGGAAGACCAAGGAGAUGAACCACCUCCUCAUCAACGCGAGGAAGACCAAGGAGAUGAACCACCUCCUCAUCAACGCGGGGAAGACCAAGGAGAUGAACCACCUCCUCAUCAACGUGAGGAAGACCAAGGAGAUGAACCACCUCCUCAUCAACGUGAGGAAGACCAAGGAGAUGAACCACCUCCUCAUCAACGUGAGGAAGACCAAGGAGAUGAACCACCUCCUCAUCAACGUGAGGAAGACCAAGGAGAUGAACCACCUCCUCAUCAACGCGAGGAAGACCAAGGAGAUGAACCACCUCCUCAUCAACGCGAGGAAGACCAAGGAGAUGAACCACCUCCUCAUCAACGUGAGGAAGACCAAGGAGAUGCACCACCUCCUCAUCAACGUGAGGAAGACCAAGGAGAUGAACCACCUCCUCAUCAACGUGAGGAAGACCAAGGAGAUGAACCACCUCCUCAUCAACGUGAGGAAGACCAAGGAGAUGAACCACCUCCUCAUCAACGACCUCAAGUGGGAGCCGACCAUCAGCUCCUCAUCAAGAAGGCCCAGCAGAGGAUGUACUUCCUCCAUCACCUCCUCCAUCACCUCCUCCAUCACAUCCUCCAUCACCUCUGUGGAGUCCUUCCGUUUCCUGGGCACCACCAUCACCCAGGACCUCAAGUGGGAGCCGACCAUCAGCUCCCUCAUCAAGAAGGCCCAGCAGAGGAUGUACUUCCUGCGGCAGCUCAGGAAAGCCAAGCUGCCUGCACAGAUGUUGACCUCCACCAGCACCUCCUCCAUCACCUCCUCCAUCACCUCCUCCAUCACCUCCUCAAGCACCUCCUCCAUCACCUCCUCCAUCACCUCCUCCAUCACCUCCUCAUCACCUCCUCCAUCACCUCCUCCAUCACCUCCUCCAUCACCUCCUCAAGCACCUCCUCCAUCACCUCCUCCAUCACCUCCUCCAUCACCUCCUCCAUCACCUCCUCCAUCACCUCCUCCAUCACCUCCUCAUCACCUCCUCCAUCACCUCCUCCAUCACCUCCUCCAUCACCUCCUCCAUCACCUCCCCCAUCACCUCCUCCAUCACCUCCUCCAUCACCUCCUCCAUCACCUCCUCCAUCACCUCCUCAUCACCUCCUCCAUCACCUCCUCCAUCACCUCCUCCAUCACCUCCUCAAGCACCUCCUCCAUCACCUCCUCCAUCACCUCCUCCAUCACCUCCUCCAUCACCUCCUCCAUCACCUCCUCAUCACCUCCUCCAUCACCUCCUCCAUCACCUCCUCCAUCACCUCCUCAUCACCUCCUCCGUCACCUCCUCCAUCACCUCCUCCAUCACCUCCUCAUCACCUCCUCCAUCACCUCCUCCAUCACCUCCUCCAUCACCUCCUCAAGCACCUCCUCCAUCACCUCCUCCAUCACCUCCUCCAUCACCUCCUCCAUCACCUCCUCCAUCACCUCCUCAUCACCUCCUCCAUCACCUCCUCCAUCACCUCCUCCAUCACCUCCUCAUCACCUCCUCCAGGAAGUGAUCGGCCGCAGCCUUCCAUCGCUGCAGGACCUCAUUAGCCACUGGCUCCUCUCUCUCACUGGCUCCUCUCUCUGCACUGGCUCCUCUCUCUGCACUGGCUCCUCUCUGCACUGGCUCCUCUCUCUCACUGGCUCCUCUCUCUGCACUGGCUCCUCUCUCUCACUGGCUCCUCUCUCUCACUGGCUCCUCUCUCUCACUGGCUCCUCUCUCUCACUGGCUCCUCUCUCUGCACUGGCUCCUCUCUCUGCACUGGCUCCUCUCUCUCACUGGCUCCUCUCUCUGCACUGGCUCCUCUCUCUGCACUGGCUCCUCUCUCUCACUGGCUCCUCUCUCUCACUGGCUCCUCUCUCUCACUGGCUCCUCUCUCUCACUGGCUCCUCUCUCUGCACUGGCUCCUCUCUGCACUGGCUCCUCUCUCUCACUGGCUCCUCUCUCUCACUGGCUCCUCUCUGCACUGGCUCCUCUCUCUGCACUGGCUCCUCUCUCUCACUGGCUCCUCUCUCUGCACUGGCUCCUCUCUCUCACUGGCUCCUCUCUCUCACUGGCUCCUCUCUGCACUGGCUCCUCUCUCUCACUGGCUCCUCUCUGCACUGGCUCCUCUCUGCACUGGCUCCUCUCUCUCACUGGCUCCUCUCUCUCACUGGCUCCUCUCUCUGCACUGGCUCCUCUCUCUGCACUGGCUCCUCUCUCUGCACUGGCUCCUCUCUCUCACUGGCUCCUCUCUCUCACUGGCUCCUCUCUGCACUGGCUCCUCUCUGCACUGGCUCCUCUCUCUCACUGGCUCCUCUCUGCACUGGCUCCUCUCUCUCACUGGCUCCUCUCUCUCACUGGCUCCUCUCUCUGCACUGGCUCCUCUCUGCACUGGCUCCUCUCUCUCACUGGCUCCUCUCUCUCACUGGCUCCUCUCUGCACUGGCUCCUCUCUCUGCACUGGCUCCUCUCUCUGCACUGGCUCCUCUCUCUGCACUGGCUCCUCUCUCUCACUGGCUCCUCUCUCUCACUGGCUCCUCUCUGCACUGGCUCCUCUCUCUCACUGGCUCCUCUCUCUCACUGGCUCCUCUCUCUCACUGGCUCCUCUCUCUGCACUGGCUCCUCUCUCUGCACUGGCUCCUCUCUCUCACUGGCUCCUCUCUCUCACUGGGUCCUCUCUGCACUGGCUCCUCUCUCUCACUGGCUCCUCUCUCUGCACUGGCUCCUCUCUCUGCACUGGCUCCUCUCUCUGCACUGGCUCCUCUCUCUCACUGGCUCCUCUCUCUGCACUGGCUCCUCUCUCUCACUGGCUCCUCUCUCUCACUGGCUCCUCUCUCUGCACUGGCUCCUCUCUCUCACUGGCUCCUCUCUCUCACUGGCUCCUCUCUCUGCACUGGCUCCUCUCUGCACUGGCUCCUCUCUCUCACUGGCUCCUCUCUCUCACUGGCUCCUCUCUGCACUGGCUCCUCUCUCUCACUGGCUCCUCUCUCUGCACUGGCUCCUCUCUCUCACUGGCUCCUCUCUCUGCACUGGCUCCUCUCUCUGCACUGGCUCCUCUCUCUCACUGGCUCCUCUCUCUCACUGGCUCCUCUCUCUCACUGGCUCCUCUCUCUCACUGGCUCCUCUCUCUCACUGGCUCCUCUCUCUGCACUGGCUCCUCUCUCUGCACUGGCUCCUCUCUCUGCACUGGCUCCUCUCUCUGCACUGGCUCCUCUCUCUGCACUGGCUCCUCUCUCUCACUGGCUCCUCUCUCUCACUGGCUCCUCUCUCUGCACUGGCUCCUCUCUCUCACUGGCUCCUCUCUCUCACUGGCUCCUCUCUCUGCACUGGCUCCUCUCUGCACUGGCUCCUCUCUGCACUGGCUCCUCUCUCUCACUGGCUCCUCUCUGCACUGGCUCCUCUCUCUGCACUGGCUCCUCUCUCUCACUGGCUCCUCUCUCUGCACUGGCUCCUCUCUGCACUGGCUCCUCUCUCUCACUGGCUCCUCUCUCUCACUGGCUCCUCUCUCUCACUGGCUCCUCUCUGCACUGGCUCCUCUCUCUGCACUGGCUCCUCUCUCUGCACUGGCUCCUCUCUCUGCACUGGCUCCUCUCUCUCACUGGCUCCUCUCUCUCACUGGCUCCUCUCUCUGCACUGGCUCCUCUCUCUCACUGGCUCCUCUCUCUCACUGGGUCCUCUCUGCACUGGCUCCUCUCUGCACUGGCUCCUCUCUGCACUGGCUCCUCUCUCUCACUGGCUCCUCUCUCUCACUGGCUCCUCUCUGCACUGGCUCCUCUCUCUCACUGGCUCCUCUCUCUCACUGGCUCCUCUCUCUCACUGGCUCCUCUCUCUCACUGGCUCCUCUCUCUCACUGGCUCCUCUCUCUGCACUGGCUCCUCUCUCUGCACUGGCUCCUCUCUCUGCACUGGCUCCUCUCUCUGCACUGGCUCCUCUCUCUGCACUGGCUCCUCUCUCUCACUGGCUCCUCUCUCUCACUGGCUCCUCUCUCUGCACUGGCUCCUCUCUCUCACUGGCUCCUCUCUCUCACUGGCUCCUCUCUCUGCACUGGCUCCUCUCUGCACUGGCUCCUCUCUCUCACUGGCUCCUCUCUCUCACUGGCUCCUCUCUGCACUGGCUCCUCUCUCUCACUGGCUCCUCUCUCUGCACUGGCUCCUCUCUCUCACUGGCUCCUCUCUCUCACUGGCUCCUCUCUCUGCACUGGCUCCUCUCUCUGCACUGGCUCCUCUCUCUCACUGGCUCCUCUCUCUCACUGGCUCCUCUCUGCACUGGCUCCUCUCUCGCACUGGCUCCUCUCUCUCACUGGCUCCUCUCUGCACUGGCUCCUCUCUGCACUGGCUCCUCUCUCUGCACUGGCUCCUCUCUCUGCACUGGCUCCUCUCUGCACUGGCUCCUCUCUCUCACUGGCUCCUCUCUGCACUGGCUCCUCUCUCUGCACUGGCUCCUCUCUCUGCACUGGCUCCUCUCUCUGCACUGGCUCCUCUCUCUGCACUGGCUCCUCUCUCGGCACUGGCUCCUCUCGCUCACUGGCUCCUCUCUGCACUGGCUCCUCUCUCUGCACUGGCUCCUCUCUCUCACUGGCUCCUCUCUCUCACUGGCUCCUCUCUCUGCACUGGCUCCUCUCUCUCACUGGCUCCUCUCUCUGCACUGGCUCCUCUCUGCACUGGCUCCUCUCUCUGCACUGGCUCCUCUCUCUCACUGGCUCCUCUCUCUGCACUGGCUCCUCUCUCUCACUGGCUCCUCUCUCUCACUGGCUCCUCUCUGCACUGGCUCCUCUCUGCACUGGCUCCUCUCUCUCACUGGCUCCUCUCUGCACUGGCUCCUCUCUGCACUGGCUCCUCUCUCUCACUGGCUCCUCUCUGCACUGGCUCCUCUCUCUGCACUGGCUCCUCUCUCUCACUGGCUCCUCUCUCUCACUGGCUCCUCUCUGCACUGGCUCCUCUCUGCACUGGCUCCUCUCUCUCACUGGCUCCUCUCUGCACUGGCUCCUCUCUCUCACUGGCUCCUCUCUCUCACUGGCUCCUCUCUCUGCACUGGCUCCUCUCUGCACUGGCUCCUCUCUCUCACUGGCUCCUCUCUCUCACUGGCUCCUCUCUGCACUGGCUCCUCUCUCUGCACUGGCUCCUCUCUCUGCACUGGCUCCUCUCUCUGCACUGGCUCCUCUCUCUCACUGGCUCCUCUCUCUCACUGGCUCCUCUCUCUGCACUGGCUCCUCUCUCUCACUGGCUCCUCUCUCUCACUGGCUCCUCUCUGCACUGGCUCCUCUCUCUCACUGGCUCCUCUCUGCACUGGCUCCUCUCUCUGCACUGGCUCCUCUCUCUCACUGGCUCCUCUCUCUGCACUGGCUCCUCUCUCUCACUGGCUCCUCUCUCUCACUGGCUCCUCUCUGCACUGGCUCCUCUCUCUCACUGGCUCCUCUCUCUCACUGGCUCCUCUCUGCACUGGCUCCUCUCUCUCACUGGCUCCUCUCUGCACUGGCUCCUCUCUCUGCACUGGCUCCUCUCUCUCACUGGCUCCUCUCUCUCACUGGCUCCUCUCUCUCACUGGCUCCUCUCUCUGCACUGGCUCCUCUCUCUGCACUGGCUCCUCUCUCUCACUGGCUCCUCUCUCUCACUGGCUCCUCUCUCUCACUGGCUCCUCUCUCUCACUGGCUCCUCUCUGCACUGGCUCCUCUCUCUCACUGGCUCCUCUCUCUGCACUGGCUCCUCUCUGCACUGGCUCCUCUCUGCACUGGCUCCUCUCUCUCACUGGCUCCUCUCUCUGCACUGGCUCCUCUCUCUCACUGGCUCCUCUCUCUCACUGGCUCCUCUCUCUGCACUGGCUCCUCUCUGCACUGGCUCCUCUCUGCACUGGCUCCUCUCUCUCACUGGCUCCUCUCUCUCACUGGCUCCUCUCUCUCACUGGCUCCUCUCUCUCACUGGCUCCUCUCUCUGCACUGGCUCCUCUCUGCACUGGCUCCUCUCUCUGCACUGGCUCCUCUCUGCACUGGCUCCUCUCUGCACUGGCUCCUCUCUCUGCACUGGCUCCUCUCUCUGCACUGGCUCCUCUCUGCACUGGCUCCUCUCUGCACUGGCUCCUCUCUGCACUGGCUCCUCUCUCUGCACUGGCUCCUCUCUCUGCACUGGCUCCUCUCUCUGCACUGGCUCCUCUCUCUGCACUGGCUCCUCUCUCUCACUGGCUCCUCUCUCUGCACUGGCUCCUCUCUCUGCACUGGCUCCUCUCUGCACUGGCUCCUCUCUCUCACUGGCUCCUCUCUCUCACUGGCUCCUCUCUGCACUGGCUCCUCUCUCUGCACUGGCUCCUCUCUCUCACUGGCUCCUCUCUGCACUGGCUCCUCUCUGCACUGGCUCCUCUCUCUGCACUGGCUCCUCUCUCUUACUGGCUCCUCUCUCUCACUGGCUCCUCUCUGCACUGGCUCCUCUCUCUCACUGGCUCCUCUCUCUCACUGGCUCCUCUCUCUCACUGGCUCCUCUCUCUGCACUGGCUCCUCUCGGCACUGGCUCCUCUCUGCACUGGCUCCUCUCUCUCACUGGCUCCUCUCUGCACUGGCUCCUCUCUGCACUGGCUCCUCUCUCUGCACUGGCUCCUCUCUCUCACUGGCUCCUCUCUCUCACUGGCUCCUCUCUCACUGGCUCCUCUCUCUCACUGGCUCCUCUCUCUCACUGGCUCCUCUCUCUCACUGCUCUCUCUGCACUGGCUCCUCUCUGCACUGGCUCCUCUCUCUGCACUGGCUCCUCUCUCUGCACUGGCUCCUCUCUCUGCACUGGCUCCUCUCUCUGCACUGGCUCCUCUCUCUCACUGGCUCCUCUCUCUCACUGGCUCCUCUCUCUCACUGGCUCCUCUCUCUCACUGGCUCCUCUCUCUCACUGGCUCCUCUCUCUCACUGGCUCCUCUCUCUGCACUGGCUCCUCUCUCUGCACUGGCUCCUCUCUCUCACUGCACUGGCUCCUCUCUCUCACUGGCUCCUCUCUCUCACUGGUCCUCUCUCUCACUGGCUCCUCUCUCUCACUGGCUCCUCUCUCUCACUGGCUCCUCUCUCUCCACUGGCUCCUCUCUCACUGGCUCCUCUCUCACUGGCUCCUCUCUCUCUGCACUGGCUCCUCUCUCUCACUGCUCUCACUGGCUCCUCUCUCUCACUGGCUCCUCUCUCUGCACUGGCUCCUCUCUGCACUGGCUCCUCUCUCUGCACUGGCUCCUCUCUCUCACUGGCUCCUCUCUCUGCACUGGCUCCUCUCUCUGCACUGGGCUCCUCUCUCUCACUGGCUCCUCUCUCUCACUGGCUCCUCUCUCUGCACUGGCUCCUCUCUCUGCACUGGCUCCUCUCUCUGCACUGGCUCCUCUCUCUGCACUGGCUCCUCUCUCUCACUGGCUCCUCUCUCUGCACUGGCUCCUCUCUCUGCACUGGCUCCUCUCUCUGCACUGGCUCCUCUCUCUCACUGGCUCCUCUCUCUCACUGGCUCCUCUCUCUCACUGGCUCCUCUCUCUCACUGGCUCCUCUCUCUCACUGGCACUGGCCUCUCUCUCACUGGCUCCUCUCUCUCACUGGCUCUCUCUCUGCACUGGCUCCUCUCUCUGCACUGGCUCCUCUCUCUGCACUGGCUCCUCUCUCUGCACUGGCUCCUCUCUCUGCACUGGCUCCUCUCUCUUGCACUGGCUCCUCUCUCUCACUGGCUCCUCUCUCUGCACUGGCUCCUCUCUGCACUGGCUCCUCUCUCUCACUGGCUCCUCUCUCUGCACUGGCUCCUCUCUCUCACUGGCUCCUCUCUCUCACUGGCUCCUCUCUCUGCACUGGCUCCUCUCUCUGCACUGGCUCCUCUCUCUGCACUGGCUCCUCUCUCUCUCUGCACUGGCUCCUCUCUCUGCACUGGCUCCUCUCUCUGGCUCUGGCUCCUCUCUCUGCACUGGCUCCUCUCUCUCACUGGCUCCUCUCUCUGCACUGGCCUCUCUCUGCACUGGCUCCUCUCUCUGCACUGGCUCCUCUCUCUGCACUGGCUCCUCUCUCUGCACUGGCUCCUCUCUCUGCACUGGCUCCUCUCUGCUCACUGGCUCCUCUCUCUGCACUGGCUCCUCUCUCUCACUGGCUCCUCUCUCUCACUGGCUCCUCUCUCUCACUGGCUCCUCUCUCUGCACUGGCUCCUCUCUCUGCACUGGCUCCUCUCUCUGCACUGGCUCCUCUCUGCACUGGCUCCUCUCUCUCACUGGCUCCUCUCUCUGCACUGCUCCUCUUCACUGGCUCUCUCUGCACUGGCUCCUCUCUCUGCACUGGCUCCUCUCUCUGCACUGGCUCCUCUCUCUGCACUGGCUCCUCUCUCUGCACUGGCUCCUCUCUCUCACUGGCUCCUCUCUCUGCACUGGCUCCUCUCUCUCACUGGCUCCUCUCUCUCUGGCACUGGCUCCUCUCUCUGCACUGGCUCUCUCUCUCUCACUGGCUCCUCUCUCUCACUGGCUCCUCUCUGCACUGGCUCCUCUCUCUGCACUGGCUCCUCUCUCUGCACUGGCUCCUCCUCUCUCUCUCACUGGCUCCUCUCUCUGCACUGGCUGGGCUCCUCUCUCUCUGCACUGGCUCCUCUCUCUGCACUGGCUCCUCUCUCUCUGCACUGGCUCCUCUCUCUGCACUGGGCUCCUCUCUCUGGCACUGGCUCCUCUCUCUGCACUGGCUCCUCUCUCUCACUGGCUCCUCUCUCUCACUGGCUCCUCUCUCUGCACUGGCUCCUCUCUCUGCACUGGCUCCUCUCUCACUCUCCUCUCUCUCACUGGCUCCUCUCUCUGCACUGGCUCCUCUCUGCACUGGCUCCUCUCUCUCACUGGCUCCUCUCUCUGCAUCUGGCUCCUCUCUCUCACUGGGCUCCUCUCUCUGCACUGGCUCCUCUCUCUGCACUGGCUCCUCUCUCUGCACUGGCUCCUCUCUCUCACUGGCCUCUCUCUCAUUUCCUGA